CCGAAGCCUAUUAAAUAAAUACAUCUAGGCGACUAUUAUUAUUAAAUUUGAAAAAAAAUGAAGUUCUUGCUUAUAAUAUUGGCCAUUUUUUUCUUAACAGUUCCAUCAGUUUUUGCUAUCACUGCUGUUGAUUCUGCCAUGACAGUAGUCUCACUUGAAUCUUAUAAAUGCGUUAAAAACUUUGGUUAUGAACGGGCUAUUAUUCGUGGUUAUUUUGAGUCUUAUUGUGGAAAUCCUGGAGGUGACAUUGAUAAAACCUUUAUCCAAAGCUAUACAAAUGCUGUUAAUGCCGGAUUCACCCAAAUUGAUGUUUAUAUGUUCCCAUGUACUGGAAUCCCAAAAUGUUGUGUUAGUGAUCCAACUCCGGAAUGUUUAGCUACAAAUUUUACCUGUAAAACUCCUCAAGAACAAGUCAAUCAAUUGGUACAAUGGAUAAAUAACACUAAGAUAAAUGGAGGUCAGGAUAUUAUAGUUCAAACAGUUUGGCUGGAUGUUGAGACUGAUCCAGCGUCUAAUAACUGGCCACCUUCUAAUACCACUUUAAAUCAAAAAACUUUACAAGAAUUUAAAUACGCAUGGGACGGUACUAUGUGGAAUUGGGGUAUAUACGCGCGUGCAAAUGACUGGGCCACAAUUACUGGAGAUAAAAAUUGGGUCUUGGAUUCUACUCGUCCAUUAUGGGUUGCUAAUUUUGACAAUAUUAUUAAUUUAACGCAAAAUUUUUCACAAUUUGGUGGAUGGAUGACACCUACGGGCAAACAAUACAAGGGAACAGAUUACUUUUGUUGCUUAUGUGACGAUGGAACUGGAAGCCAACUCUCUUGUAGUUCAUGCUUUACUAAUCCUGGACCUUGUUGUUAUGGCUUUGAUAGAAGCGUAUUCUAAGAAGCGUAUUCUAAAUAUUUUAGUCUUUAUAAUAUUAAUUGUAAAGGUUAAUAAAAAUUAAGUUAAUAUUCUUACUAAACAAUUAUAUUUUUAUAUGAGUAAAAGAUACGAUCUGACCAUUUACAAUUGUCAUCUUUCUUAUAUAUAUUACCUAAGUAUGGUAUACAAGCAUUUCGAAGUGUAAACUUAAUAAUAUUUAAAUACAUUUUAUAGUUCUCCAAUCCAUAUAAUAAGCUGUGUGCGAUCGAUUGU